AUGGGUUUAGGUGUGCUCGAGUCGAAGACUCUCGACCAUGUUCCUGGCACGACGCGAUACUACGAUGACCCUUCGCAGCCUCAGCCGGCCAACGGUGCCAAUCGCGGGCUCAAGGUCGACGACAGCGGUCCAGUACCCAUCAUCCUGAUCCCCCAGCCCUCUGACGACCCGAACGAUCCUCUGAAUUGGCCUUUGUGGAAACGCGAUCUCAUCACCUUCGUCCUCUCUGUCACCGCCAUCUUUGCGACCGCCCUCGGUCCCAUAUUGGCUGCCAACACUGUCACGCUCGCCCUUAUUUUUGGCACGACAUUCACCCGCAUCGCUAUCCUGACAGGGUACUUCCUCCUCGGCGUUGGUGCUGCUGCCGUUUUCUUCGUCCCGUCCGGUCGUAUCUGGGGCAAGCGUCAUCUGUUUAUCUUUGGGGCCGUCGUUCUGGUAGCCUCGUCUGCCUGGGGCGGCUCCGUCGGGACCAACUACGAAUCCUUCAUCGGCGCCCGUGUUGUCCAGGGCAUCGCAUGCUCACCCUAUGAGACCCUUGUCAACGUUGCCGUUGGCGAUCUGUACCCCGUCCACCAGCGUGGCCUUCGCAUGGCCUUCACGAACCUGGCGGUCUUCGGCGGUGCCUUCUUCACACCGAUUCUGGUCGGCAAGAUCACCCACAGCAUCGGCUGGGAAUGGACAUUCUAUCUGACCGCAAUCUUCUGCGCCAUGUCGCUCGUGGCCGUUUAUCUCAUGUGUCCCGAGACCGCCUAUCGCCGUGACAUGUCUCUUAACACGGACAUGAUUGCUGAGGACGAUAAGACUCACCUCGAAAAGCUGUCGCCAGGUCUGGAUGCUGACCCCAGCAUCACCAGCGACGGUGGCGCGGAUGGAAAGCUGCCGGAUUCUGCGACAGUCUCUCCUGCGCGCGCUACGUCACAUGAUGCGAGUUACCGCGGCGCGGACACGCCCAAGAAAACAUACAUUGAAUCCCUUGCACUCUUUGACGGCAGGAAGACGGACGAUUCGUACCUCGACCUGCUUUUACGACCUUUCGCUCUGUUCGCCCACCCGGCCUUCAUCUGGGGAUGCCUCAUUCAAGGCACCAUGAUCGGCUGGACAGUCUUCAUCGGCGUCAUCGUCGCCGCCGUCUUCCUCGGACCUCCUUUCUUCUGGAACGAGGUCAGCGCGGGUUACGCCUACCUCGGUCCCUUCAUCGGGGCCCUGGCAGGUUUUGCUAUUGCUGGUGCUCUUUCCGACUGGAGCGCCAAGUACAUGACGCGCCUGAACAAGGGCGUCUACGAACCUGAGUUCCGCAUCGUUCUCGUACUUCCCAUGUUCAUCAUCGGCGGCAUUGGGCUGUACGGAUUCGCCCUGACGGCUGGCGAGAUCCUGGGUGGCAAGUAUCACUACUCCGUCCCCCUCAUUUUCUUCGGCUUCGAGGUCGCCGGCAUGGUCAUCGGGGCCGUGGCGAGUUCUCUGUACAUUGUCGACGCGUAUCGCGAUCUCGCUAUUGAGGGCUUUACCUCCAUGAUUAUCUUCAAGAAUUUCUUCAGCUUUGCCCUCACGUGGACUGCGUACGACUGGAUUAUCCAAGGCGGCGUCCGCAAAACGAUGCUGUCCAUCGCCAGCGUCCAGGUCGUCAUCUGUGCCAUGAGCAUACCAAUGUAUAUCUAUGGCAAGCGAGUGAGAGCCUACUAUCACAAACACGACAUCCUCUACUUGACAAAGAAGCUCGCGGGACGCUAA